UAAACAUCUGUUCAAAUAAAUGUAAUUGAAGUUUGUGCAAAAUGUUACUCAGAGAUAAGGACUUGUUGAGACACCAAGUUGAAGUUUGUCAUGUGUGACUGUCAUGAGGAAGUUAGGACUCCAGAAAUAUUCCAGCACUAGCAAUGCGAACACGACAGUGGGUGUUGGAGAUCCUAGUUCUGUCCCUGGCGGCAGCGUGGUUGUGCCUGUCUAAGCCCACUGACAGGAAGAGUGUUUUCCUGCCGCCAUCACUGAUACCGGAGCAUUACGAGAUCUCCCUCGCCCCUCGUCUUGACAAGGGGGUGUUCCAAGGGGUGGUGGUCAUCAGUGGCAUCGCCAUAGCGGUGGCAGACAGGAUUGUCCUCCACUGCAAGAACUUGCUGUUUCAACACCACCAGUCUCACCGACCUCACAACAGACGAGGAGUUGGUCAUCGAGGACAUUGAGGAGGACAUUAUUUUGCAACAGUGCCACCUCUUGCUGAACCAGAGUCUGCGAGUGGACCAUGAGUACCGGCUAAGUGUGG